AUGGCUUCCGAUACCAGUCGUCCCGAGUGGACUGCCCCUCGGGUCAGAGAGACUUUUCUGGACUAUUUCAAGCAAAAUGGCCACACUUUUGUCCCGUCGUCGUCGGUCGCGCCCUUGUCGGAUCCGACCCUGCUCUUCACCAAUGCUGGAAUGAAUCAGUACAAGUCCAUUUUCCUGGGUACCGUGGAUCCGUCGUCAGACUUUGCAAAGCUGCGACGCGCAGUGAACUCGCAAAAGUGUAUUCGCGCUGGUGGCAAACACAAUGAUCUCGACGAUGUCGGCAAGGACAGCUAUCACCAUACUUUCUUCGAAAUGCUCGGAAACUGGAGUUUCGGCGACUACUUUAAGAAGGAGGCGAUUACUUAUUCGUGGACUCUUCUCACCGAGGUCUACGGACUGAACCCCGAUCGUCUCUAUGUGACCUACUUCGAGGGCGACGCGGCCGGUGGUCUCGAGCCCGAUCUCGAGGCCAGAGAUCUGUGGAAGUCUGUGGGUGUCCCGGAAUCCCACAUUCUCCCCGGCAACAUGAAGGACAAUUUCUGGGAAAUGGGUGACCAAGGACCGUGUGGACCCUGCAGCGAAGUCCAUUACGAUCGCAUCGGUGGUCGUAACGCUGCGUCGCUCGUGAACCAGGAUGACCCGAAUGUGCUGGAGAUUUGGAACAACGUGUUCAUUCAGUACAACCGCGAGGCAGACCGCUCCUUGAGGUCUCUACCCAACAAGCACGUCGACACCGGCAUGGGCUUCGAACGACUAGUGUCCAUUCUCCAGGACAAAUCCUCCAACUACGACACGGACGUCUUCACGCCCAUUUUCCAGGCCAUUCAGACCGCGACCGGCGCCCGCGAAUACCGCGGUCGUUUUGGUACCGAAGACCCCGACGGCAUCGACACCGCGUACCGUGUGGUUGCAGACCACGUGCGUACCUUGAUGUUUGCGAUCUCCGACGGUGUGAUUCCCAACAACGAGGGCCGUGGCUACGUGAUUCGUCGAGUGCUGCGUCGUGGAGCCCGAUUCGCUCGCAAAUAUUUCCAGGUCGACAUUGGUAACUUCUUCUCGAAACUUGUGCCUACGGUUGUGGAUCAGCUCGGUGAAAUGUUCCCGGAGUUGAUCAAGAAACAGCAGGAUGUGAUGGAGAUUCUGGAUGAAGAGGAGGUGUCAUUUGCCAAGACUUUGGAUCGAGGCGAGCGCCAGUUCGAGCAAUACGCUCAGCAUGCUAAACUCCAGGGCUCCGACAAACUUCAUGGUGCGGAUGUGUGGAGAUUGUAUGACACUUUCGGUUUCCCUGUCGACCUAACCCAGAUUAUAGCGGAGGAACGUGGUCUCCGUAUUGAUAAUGCUGAGUUUGAAGAAGCACGAUUGAAGGCGAAAGAAGCCAGCAAGGGCCAGAAAAAAGCUGCCGCGAACGUGGUCAAGCUCGAUGUUCAUGAUCUCGGCAAGCUGGAGAAGAUGAGCGACGUACGCAAGACGGACGACGCCGCCAAAUUUGGAAGAGGCAACAUUACCGCUCACAUCAAGGCCAUCUACCAUGGGAAACACUUCUAUGAGAGCACUGAAAAGGCUCCUAGUGGCGAACAACUUGGUGUCAUCCUGGACUGCACCAACUUUUACGCCGAACAGGGUGGUCAAGAGGCUGACACUGGUCGAAUUGUCAUUGAUGGCCAAGCUGAGUUGGAGGUCGACGAUGUCCAAGUCUACGCUGGUUAUGUCCUGCACACUGGCUUCAUGAAGUAUGGAUCGCUGUCGGUGGGCGAUGCCGUGAUUUGUGAAUACGAUGAGCUUCGUCGAUGGCCUAUCCGUAAUAACCACACUGGUACCCAUAUUCUGAACUUUGCCCUCCGUGAGGUUCUUGGGGACGGCGUGGAGCAGAAGGGCUCUCUUGUCUCGGCCGAGAAGCUUCGCUUCGACUUCUCGCACAAAGCUGCGGUGUCCGAUGCCGAUUUGGAGAAGAUUGAGGCCAAGUCUACUGAAUACAUCCGACAGAAUUGUAUUGUCUACUCCAAAGAGCUCCCCCUUGCUACCGCGCAGCAGAUCUUCGGUGUCCGUGCUGUCUUUGGUGAGACUUACCCGGAUCCGGUUCGGGUCGUGUCCGUUGGUGUUGAAUUAGAAGAAAUCCUACGGAAUGUUAAGGAUCCCCAGUGGGAAAAAGUCAGCAUUGAGUUCUGUGGUGGAACCCAUGUGCAGAAAACCGGUGACAUCAAGGAUCUGAUUAUCCUGGAAGAGAGUGGUAUCGCUAAGGGUAUUCGUCGCAUCAUCGCCGUCACUGGCGAGGAGGCCCAUGAGGUGCAGCGAAUUGCUCAAGAGUUUGAGACACGCCUGGACAAGCUCGAUGCCAUGCCUCUCGGCCCUGAAAAGGAGCGAGAGUGCAAGCAGGUGCAGGUUGAUCUCAACCAACUUGUCAUUUCUGCAGUUCGGAAGGCGCAGUUCCGCACACGCUUUACCGCGAUCAACAAGCAGGUGCUGGAUGGUCAGAAAGCCCAGCAGAAGUUGGAAUCUAAGAUGGCUCUGGAAGCCAUCACGUCCUACUUCGAGGCCCCGGAAAACAAGGAUGCUUCCUCGUUGGUUGUCAAGCUUCCGAUGCCCGCGAGUGCUAAGGCCGUUAGCGAAUCUAUCAAUCACGUCAAGUCGAAAUUGCAAAACAAGAACGUCUAUGUGAUGGCGGUUGACCCCGAGAACACACGAGUUGCGCAUGGUUGUUAUGUAUCCAAGGAGUUUGGGGAGAAAGGCGCGUCGGCGAGCGAUUGGGCCGCCGUUGUUUCCAGUAGCAUCGGUGGAAAAGCCGGUGGAAAGGGCGCGACUUCGAUCGGCAAUGGCACAAAUCCGGACAAGGUCGAUGAAGCUGUUACGCUCGCAACUGAAUACUUGAGCAAAAACCCAAAAGUGUCGACCACAUUCUGGUCUGCUCCUCGAUUGUUCAGCGGCUACAGUUCACCGUGA